AGGGGUCGAGUCGGGCGCGGGAGACUCCACUACUCCCGCCCACUCACAACCACCGCGACUGCGAGCAAGGACGACAGCAAAACAGCACAAGUCACUCCCGUCGUCUUGAGUGCAAAGCAGGUAGGAGCACGGCGACUCUUUUUGUUGUUUCGUUCUUUUGUUGUUGUUGUUGCACUUUUAGAGGCUACAAACGAAACCAAUUUGGCGAAAGUAUGCUGCGUUCAUUUGCAGCCUCGACCGUUGGAGAUUCGCGCGUUUUAUGUUAUUUUCUAAGGAGUGUUGUUUUUUUUGCAGGCUCAGCACAUCCACUGAGAGUGUGCAGCUUGCUACUGAUUAACUCCUGUCGACGUUCGCGUGCCCACACUAAACGCAUCUUUGUCGUUGUAGCUCGUGUUAAGGCGCACAUCUUCUGUUGCUGGGCAGCGUUCAACAAAGUAGCAGAGGUGGCUAAAGAACUCACUUUGUACUUCGGUAGAAGUGCAGAUACUUGUGUUCCAAAAAGAACUGAUUCAAUUCCUUUAAUAAAGUAUAUUUUUUUUCAAAUUUUUAUUGUUUUGUUUACUGUCAGUUGUAUCUGUUUUCAAAUGUAGGGAGUGAAAAUGAAGAAUAGUCAGAAGAGUACCAUACAGAUAUCUGAAAAUUCUACUUUAAAAAAUGGUUCUUCGUUACUUCCUGUGGAAGUAUAUCUGUGCCAUCUGAGUUUGAAUUUUAAUUUCUAACACAACAUUUUUUUUAACAAGGACAAAUAAAAAGUAAAAAAAUUAGUGUCCAAAUAUAAACAUCAUGAAUUGAAAUUCAGAUCGCACAAGAAUACUACAAGCUAUAUCCUCUCUGAGUAUGAAUUGGAAUUUCUAACAGAUUAUGAUUUAUUUUUUUAUUUUUUUACCAGCUAAAGAUUCAGUGUCAAAUAUUCAACAUGUAGAAUUCUCAGCUGGGCUUCACAUAAGCACACAGGAUCUGCAUGCAACAAAGAAAGGCUGUCACUAUCGAUCUUUUAGAAUAUUUUACCAAACAACCGUUCUGCAAUAUCCUUUUUAAAACUGCGAGCUACUUCUCGGAUACUGAUGAAUACGAAGAGCUACUCGUUUGAUGAACACCUCUGAGGCUUGUUCAGUUUCAUGCUGUCAAUAACAGGUUAUUCAUACUAUGGAUGCAAAUAACAAUUAUUGUCGUUAUAGAUAGCAGUGGCGGGUCUAGCGGGAGCCAAGGGGGCCGUGCCCCCGUAACACUGUUCCCGGACCCCCACUAUCUUGUGUAAAUAGAUUUUGUUUUCACUCCACCUGUACCUUCCUUCCACUGUGGCUCCGCUCAACUCCUUUUGUUUGUUGUGUAAUAGUCAACAUGUUGUCUUUUUGUCAUCGUUCUUUUUCGUUACCUUCCAUUGUUUUGUCUCACACUCGUGUGCUCUCUUUGUUUGAAUAAAGACUGUGUUUUUCUUCCAACUUUAUCCAUCUGCUUGGUGGGCCAUCCGUCGGCCGCGAGCCGACCAUUACAACAUCAAAUUAAAGCUUCGGCAUGCCUCGUCGUGUGGCGGUGGUUGGAGGAGGUAGCUCGGGCCUGGCCUGCAUCAAGUGCUGCCUGGAUGAGGGUCUGGAGCCCAUCUGCUUUGAGAGCAGCGAUGACAUCGGGGGUCUGUGGAGGUUCAAGGAGAACCCCGAGCCGGACAGGGCCAGCAUCUAUCACUCUGUCAUCAUCAACACCUCCAAGGAGAUGAUGUGCUUCAGCGACUUCCCCAUCCCGGCCCACUUCCCCAACUACAUGCACAACACCCUCGUUAUGGACUACUUCCGCAUGUAUGCCGACCACUUCAAGCUCCGCAAGCACAUACGCUUCAAUUCCAAAGUCUUGCAGGUGAAACCGAGGACCGACUUUUCGCAUUCCGGCCAGUGGGACGUGGAGACGCAGAACCAGGAGGGCAAAAAGAGUAAACACAUCUUUGACGCCGUGAUGGUCUGCAUCGGACACCACUGCCACCCCCACCUGCCUCUCCACGACUUUCCAGGCCUCGACACAUUCCAGGGAAAGUACUUCCACAGUCGCGAAUACAAGACACCCGAGGAAUGGCGGAACAAGAAGGUGGUGGUGGUCGGCAUCGGGAACUCGGGAGGCGACAUAGCUGUGGAGCUCAGCAGGGUCACCAAGCAGCUUUACCUGAGCACCCGAAGGGGCGCUUGGGUACUGAACAGAGUCGGAAAAAACGGCUUCCCCCGGGAUUUGGCGAUCAAUAGGGUGAUGUUGGCGCUCUGGAAACUGCUUCCCUUUAGCGUGGUCUGCGGCGUGGGAGAGAGACAACUCAACCAGCGGUUUGAACACGGCCUGUACAGUCUGAAGCCCAAGCACAGGUUGAUGAGCCAGCAUCCCACCGUGAGCGACGAGCUUCCCAACCGCAUCCUGUCGGGAACGGUGCAGGUCAAGCCCAACAUCUGCCGAUUUGACGGCUCCAGCGUGGAGUUUGACGACGGCAGCGUGGUGGAGGACGUGGACUUGGUGGUUUUUGCCACAGGCUACAGGUUUUCCUUCCCAUUUCUUGCUCCGGAUGUGAUCUCCGUUUCGGACAACAAGACGUCUUUGUUCAAAUACAUGUUCCCCCCAGAGCUGGAACGCCACACCCUGGCCGUCAUUGGGCUGGUGCAGCCUCUGGGGGCCAUUAUGCCCAUUUCUGAGAUGCAGGCCCGAUGGGCCACCAGGGUCUUCAAAGGAUGCGUCAAGCUUCCUCCAGUGGCUGACAUGUUGGAUAACAUCAAGUGUAAGCAGGAGACCAUGACCGACAGGUACGUGUUAAGUCAGAGACACACCAUUCAAGUGGAUUACGCAAACUACAUGGACGAGAUAGCGGCGUUGGUGGGCGUGCGCCCCAACAUCCUCCGACUGUUGCUAACCGACCCCAGGCUUGGCCUGGACCUGCUCUUCGGCCCCGUCAACCCGUACCAGUACCGCCUGCGGGGGCCUGGCAAAUGGGCCGGAGCCCGUCAGGCCGUACUAACCAUGUGGGACCGGGUGGCCCAGCCCAUGAAGACCCGACCGUGCGACCGGGCCAGACCCAAACGCUCUUUGAAGUGGCCGCUCGUGGUGUCGGCCGCCGUGGGCGUGGCCGCGUAUGUGAACAGGAGCAACCUGGCCGCUUUACUGGAACACCCCGUUGGGCUUUUGGACCGGGUCAAGGUGCACCUGCCAGUACUGAGAUACUGAAAUGAAUAUGAGUGCUGACACACAUUUAAGUCAUAUUUAAAGGAGCUAAUGCCUGAAAAGUUGAUCAUGUUUCAAGAAACCAGUUUGUUGUUGUAAAUUCAUAUUCACUGUGUUCUUUAUUUGGGUCCGCAUGUGUUGAUGUUAUGAAACAUUUUUUUUUUUUCAAUACAUUACACCAUGUGAAGGGACCAACUUUUUCAGCGAGAUGAAAAAGUACAAAAAAAACUCAUGCAGAAUCAUUCUUUCUUUCUUCAAAAAUGCAUGACGGUCCGACAAAAAUGAAUACAUUUUAGUCGAUCUAUGAAAAGCAACAUGAAUUGCAGAUAAUACUGAUUGUGCCUACUACAAUAAUAAAACCAUUGCAAC